GACAUUGCCACGACAUGACUCAUCUCUGCCACUGCAUCGCUCUUCUUCGAUGCAGCUUCGUCAGGGGCAGACAUCUCAGGACCAUGGCACGGGCUUGGAUUCGAUGCCCGAGCAGUUUCUUUCCCCUAACCCAUAUGCGUACACAGGAUAUGAUGCAUACACCCAAGGUGAGGGAUCUCAGCCGUAUCUCUCCACGCGAGGGAUCCCCAUGCCCGAGGAGACUCAUGUACCAGAUUUAAACCAGCACCACAUACAAUGGCCAGAUAGUAUAGGAGAGGGAUAUGCUCAGGACACACCUGAUGUUAAUUGGGGCGAUGAGAACACCCAACGCGGCGUCAACACAGGCCUCCGGGGAGCAUCACAUGAUCAUGGCGUCAACACAGGCCUCCGGGGAGCAUCACAUGAUCAUGGCGUCAACACAGGCCUCCGGGGAGCAUCACAUGAUCUUGGCGACAUGGUUACAUCAUUAGUUACAGAGUUCUUCGGAGGGGACGUUAUUGGCCCAUCUUUUAUCCCCCCGGAGUCACAACCAUACGCCUACAAUUACGCUUCAGGUUCGCAACAAGGAUUCACGACUCCACCACCUACGCAGGACUCGCAGACACAUGAAGCCGAAUUGGAGUACGGCCGCGGUCUUCGUGUGACCCGGCAACCUAAUCGCUUGUCGUCUUCCGGUCGUAAGGAAAGGCCAGGUGGUCGUCGUAAAGUAGGGUGA